UGGCGGAAAUGAGCCUUUACCAUGGAGCCAUGAUGCUCUCUGGAAACCAAAGCUCCUCCGGGGGCUCCUCCCUCUGACUGCUCCUCAACUUCCAUACAGUUUUCCUGAGUACAUGGAGGAUUUCCUGCCACAACGUUUAACGUGAUUGUGAGGUCCGGGCAGAUGGAAAAGGCACAAUUUGUCCCUUGCAGUUACUCAAAGAUGAUCAACACAUAACAGAGGAACGGCAGAAGCAGACAUGUCUCCAAAGGUGCCUGGUGGCCAGGGCAAGGGAGACUAUUCUGCAGUGCAGGUAGCUGUUCGUGUGCGCCCCCUGCUGCCCAAAGAACUUCUACACGGUCAUGAAAGCUGCAUCACAGUGGACAACGAGCUCUCCCGGGUCACCCUGGGCCACGACAGACACUUCUACUGUGACUUCCUUUUUGAGGAGUCCUGCUGUCAGGACGAGCUUUAUUCCGUCUCUGUCCAGCCGCUCAUUGAUGCUUUUUUCCAAGGUUUCAAUGCAACAGUCUUUGCAUAUGGACAAACAGGUUCGGGCAAGACAUAUACCAUUGGAGAAGCCAACUUCUGUUCGUUUGGAGACGAAGUGCAGGGAAUCAUCCCUAGGGCUGUUGCAGAUAUCUUUAAACUUCUGGAUGAGAAUGACCUCACAGACUUUUCUGUCCGAGUCUCCUACCUGGAGGUCUACAAAGAGGACUUCAAGGACUUACUGGAGGUGGAGACGGCCAGCAAGGAUAUCCACAUUAGAGAGGACAAAGGCAAUAUUGUUUUGUUCGGUGUCAAAGAGUGUGAAGUGGAAGGCCUCGAUGAGGUUUUGAGUUUACUCGAGUCUGGAAACACAGCCCGGCACACCGGUGCCACCCAGAUGAACCCGAACUCCAGUCGGUCACACACUAUCUUUACCGUGUACAUGGACCAGCGCCGAGGGCUAUCACGCCUUUAUGGAAACUUUAAUUCUUCUGGACCUCAAAUGUUGUCCUCCAAGUUUCACUUUGUGGACCUGGCUGGAUCAGAACGCAUCUUAAAGACGGGAAACACUGGAGAGAGACUGAAGGAGAGCAUUCAAAUAAACAGUGGACUUCUGGCUCUGGGAAAUGUUAUUGGAGCCUUGGGGGAUCCUAAAAGAAAAGGCUCUCACAUACCGUACAGGGACUCAAAAAUUACAAGGAUCCUGAAAGACUCCUUGGGAGGAAAUUCAAAAACACUAAUGAUUGCCUGCAUCAGCCCGUCAUCGUCAGAUUUUGACGAGAGUCUCAACACACUGAACUAUGCCACGAGGGCCAGAAACAUUCAGAACCCAGCCACAGUCAACUACAAGCGUGAGCCUGAUCGAGUGGAAGGUUUGGAGCAGCAAAUCAAGGCCCUUCGCAGGGCCCUGGAGAUCCGCCAGCGCUCAGAGACCCGCAUUAUCGCACACGGCGAUCCAAACAGGAGGCCUCGACCCGGAGAGGGAGAAAUCAGCAGACUGCAGGCCCAGAGCGCCCACUACAGGACAUGCACAGACACUGCCUACAGGCUGCUGCUGGAGCUGCAGAGUGAAGGCACUCUUACUCCUGAACAGAGCUUGAGAGUGAAGGAGUGGCUGAACUCAGUGGAGGAGGAACCCAGCAGACUGACCACUGCCUCAGGUCCAGACAGUGGAAUUGAGAACAGCUCCACCGAGGAUGCUGUUGCCCUGAGGAGGGGGAGACCGAGUCUGAGAAACCAGGAUCCAGAGGCAGCAGAGGAGAGGUGGAGCCGUGAGCAUGACACUGACAAAGGUGGAGAGAACGAAGAUGGUGUGGCUGAGCUUCAAGCUCAGAUUCAGCGAUUAGAAAGAGAGAACACAGACUUUUUGGCAGCGCUGGAGGAUGCUAUGGAACAGUACAAACAACAGAGCGAUAAGCUGCAGGCGCAACAGGACCUGAUAGAAGAGUUGCAGUAUCAGCUCUCAACUGCAGGGUAUAUCGGCCUGGGCCUUAACUUCAGAUCACGGCCACAUACGGCGCCCAUUGGCACCAAGCAGCAGAGUCAGAAUGGUGGCACACACAGACAGGUCAGCCCUUUGACCUUCCCUUGUCAUGGCUCUGGUGUUGAAAGUGAUGGGGACUUAUAUGAAGAGCAGGACUUUAGAGGAGAAGAAAUGGCAGACAUGAAAGAAGACAACAGUCAUUACAGUCUCAGCCAAGAGAGACACAGGUCGGUGAAUUUGACCUGGACCAAAAGGGACCUGCUGGGAGGAGGACUAACAGCUUCUGUGAAAAGUCCAGUGGCAUCUCGACUGCCUGGUGUCAGUCAGCACAUGUGUUUAUCCAGAAAAGCAUCCAAUUCCAGUUCUACAGAGUCAACAGUACGAGAGAGUUUGAAAAGUUUGGAAGCCGUUUCAGAGUGGGGUCUGCCUCAGGCUCAGCAAAAGAUCCGGGAACUUUCUGUCACCAUUCGCAUGAAAGAAGAUCUCAUUAAGGAACUGGUUAAAACAGGUAAAGAUGCUCAGGCCCUGAACAGGCAGUACAGUCAGAAGAUCACAGCACUGGAGAGUGAAGCUACACAGGCUCGACAGGAGCUGCAGGAGGCCCAGCGGCAGCUGCAGGACCUGGAGAGACAAGAGAGAGAGAUCAGCGCCUCAGACAAGACCAGAGCGCAGGAGUGUCGACAGAAGAUUGCUGCUGCUCAAAGCAAAGUUCAGGUUCUCAGUCAGAGGCAGAGGGACACGGCUCGUCUGGCAAACCUGCCGGCUCAGAACGAGCGUAGAGUGUUGGAGCUGGAGCGAAGUGUCCAGGCCAUGAGGCAGCAGCAAGAGCAGCUGCAGAAGAGGCUGCGACAAGAGAGUCAACAGAAGCGACGUCUGGAGACCGAGAUGCAGCGAAGAACUCACAGAGUGAAGGAGCUGGAGAUAAAGAAUGAGCAGCAGCAGAAGAUCCUGAAAAUAAAAACGGAGGAGAUCGCUGCCUUCCAGAGACAGAGGCGCAGCGGCAGCAACGGCUCCGUGGUGUCACUGGAAGAACAGCAGAAGAUUGAAGAACAGAAGCGGUGGCUGGAUGAGGAAAUGGAACGAGUACUUGAACAAAGGAGAGGCCUUGAAGACCUGGAGGGAGAGUUGACCAAACGUGAGCAAAUUUUGGCUAAGAAGGAAGCACUGCUGCAGGAGCGCAGCGGCCUGGAGACCAAGCGGCUCCGCUCCAGUCAGGCUUUGAGUAAAGACCUUGUGACACUAACUCGACGCAUCGAAUCACUGGAGCAAGAGUUAAGCGAGAGGAACGGACUCCUGCGCAGCAGCAGUGCUCAGGACUCCCAACAGAUCCGCCAGGAGAUUUCCAACCUCCGUCAAGAGAAAGAUUCACUACUGAAACAGAGGGUGGAGCUGGACGACAAGCUCCGGCAGGGAAACCUGCUGUCACCUGAGGAAGAGCGAACCCUGUUCCAGCUGGACGAGGCCAUCGAGGCUCUGGACGCAGCCAUCGAGUACAAAAACGAGGCCAUCACUCAGAGACAGAGGCAGCUGAGAGCUUCAGCCAGUAUGUUGUCCCAGUGGGAGAUGAACCUCAUGGCCAAACUCAGUUACCUGUCGGCCUCCGAGACCAGAGCCCUGCUCUGCAAAUACUUUGACAAGGUGGUCUCUCUGCGUGAGGAGGAGCGUAAGCUGCAGCUGGCUCUGGCAGAGCUGGAAAUGCAACUGGACGAGAAGCAAAGAUUGGUGCAGUGGCUGGAGAACGCACUGGAUCGAACCCAGCUGGACACUGACCGCCGGCUCACUCAGCAGCAGAAGGAACACGAGAGGAGCGUCCAGCUUCUACUGCAGCAGUGCAGAGAUCAAAUGGACGAGGGCUUAGCAGGAAGGCAACGUCAGUUUGAGGUUUGGAUCCACAACCUCAGCAAAGAGCUUAACCACUACAAGGCUGCCAACGUGGAGCUGAACAACAAAGUACGGGAGCUGUGUGGUUCAGUCAACCAAACGAAAGACCAUGUCAAAGGUAUUGGCAGUAUUGAAAAGCUGUCUCGCUGCCCUGACGACAACACGGGUGUCAAAGGUUUGGUCCAGGCUGAUAAACCCUCCAGAUCCAGGGAGGAAAUGCGUGAGCUGGUGAACACACCACUCCCAUCCACAUGGAGGCGCUCCUCUCUCCCAAUCGAGGAACCAGCCGUCAUGGAGGAGCUGUGGCUGCGAGCGGCUGGGGAUCUGCCCGCCCAUCGGGUGGUUCAACCUGGUGUGACAUCCUGGAACGGACAGGCAUCACUGCCUGUGGUCAAACCUCGCCGAGACUCGCGUCGCCCCAGUCUCAACAGUGGACCACUGUCCUCACACAAUACAAAGAUUGAUGUACGGAAGAACCCCGUCUGAAUUUCUGAAUAAGGUUCAUCCAGAACCUUUAAACUGUCCUGUGGUUUCAAAUGUAUUAUUUCAACUUUUUAAUAUCACAUUUUUAUACAUGUAAAUUAAGAUUUUUUUAUAAUAAAAAUGGAUACCAACAGUUUUUAUUUUUACAUAAAGCACUUUCUUUGUCGUAGAUACAUCUAAUUCAACGCAGAAAUGGCAAAUGUAUAGUUUUUUUUUUUACAACCAUGAAAGAUCAAGAUGUGAAUUUUUUUUGUACAAGCUGCUUCACUAAUAGUCUUACUUGUAGUCGUCUGUAAACUUUGUUGUAUUUUAUAUUAUUUUUUAAUGCUCAUGCUGCUUGUGUUUUAAUUAGCAGAUAAAAACAUGAUGUCUAUUAAAAUUAAGGCAGACUCCAGGCAG